GAUUUUGGGAGUGUUGUGUGUUGUAGUAAUAAUAUUAAGACUGAAUUAAUACACACCCAGCUUCCUAAUUCCCAGCGCCCCAUGUGCACCCACUCCUGGAUCUGUCACAUUGAAGUUUGGGCUCCUGUGUGUCUGCCCCCCCUCCUCCCCCCUUUAAUCUGCUUGCUGCAGAAGGUGGAGUCCUUGCAGGGGGGGAGUCUCUGCUGCUGCUGCUGCUGCUGUUUGAUCUGGUUUUGCCUCUGCUCCUGAUUCACACACAUUUCAUUCCCACGGAUCCUCAUUACACGCCCCCCCUUCCCACGCGUGGGUACUCCCUCCUGCAGCCCCUCACCUGGCUCCCCGGGUUCUGAUUGUGGAUACAUUGUUACCGAUGUGAAGGAAUUAUCCUGCUCGCUGGAUGGGAUUCUACCCAGGGAUAAUGUGGGCUCCUGGGCUGACUUUACUUCUUCUUCUGGUAACUUUGAGUUCAGGCUCCGGGCACGAUGAAGGAGAAACAAGAGAAUGCAUCUAUUACAACGCCAACUGGGAGAUUGAAAGGACCAACCAAAGCGGCUUGGAGAAAUGUGAAGGCGAAAAGGACAAACGCCUCCAUUGCUACGCGUCUUGGAGGAAUAAUUCUGGCUUCAUCGAACUUGUGAAGAAAGGAUGCUGGUUGGAUGAUUUUAACUGCUACGACAGGCAGGAAUGCGUAGCAAAAGAAGAGAAUCCCCAAGUGUUUUUCUGCUGUUGUGAGGGCAACUAUUGCAACGAGAAAUUUACCCAUUUACCAGAUGAAUAUGGAGCAAGAAAAUCGUCGGCCAGAUAUAUAGUCAAACAUGGGACAUUUGAUGCAAAGUCACAACCAGCAGCCUCAUUGUUGAACAUUUUAGUGUAUUCCCUGCUUCCUAUUGCUGGUCUCUCGAUGGCCAUUCUCUUAGCGUUUUGGAUGUAUCGCCAUCGAAAGCCUCCCUAUGGGCAUGUUGACAUUAACGAGGACCCAGGUCCUCCGCCUCCCUCGCCAACCGUCGGACUUAAACCUUUACAGUUACUGGAAAUCAAGGCACGGGGUCGAUUUGGAUGCGUGUGGAAAGCACGACUUAUGAAUGAUUAUGUGGCUGUAAAAAUCUUUCCUAGUCAGGAUAAGCAGUCAUGGCAGAGCGAAAAAGAAAUAUUUAACACCCCAGGCAUGAAACAUGAAAACCUCUUGCAAUUCAUUGGAGCAGAGAAGAGGGGUGCAAACCACGAGAUGGAGCUGUGGCUGAUAACUGCAUUUCACGAUAAGGGCUCGCUCACAGAUUACCUGAAAGGAAAUGUAGUCAGCUGGAACGAAUUAUGUCACAUCGCAGAAUCAAUGUCUCAUGGCUUGGCUUAUCUCCACGAGGAUGUGCCGCAUUGCAAAGGGGAAGGACACAAACCUGCAAUCGCUCACAGGGAUUUCAAAAGUAAAAAUGUCCUCUUGAGAAAUGACUUGACAGCGAUAUUAGCGGACUUUGGGUUGGCAGUACGGUUUGAACCAGGAAAGCCCCCAGGAGAUACUCAUGGACAGGUUGGCACCAGGCGGUACAUGGCUCCAGAGGUGCUAGAGGGAGCAAUUAACUUUCAGCGAGAUUCCUUUCUCAGGAUAGACAUGUACGCCAUGGGGCUGGUCCUCUGGGAAAUUGUAUCCAGAUGUACGGCAGCUGACGGCCCAGUUGAUGAGUACAUGCUGCCAUUUGAAGAAGAGAUUGGCCAACAUCCGUCAUUAGAAGACCUUCAGGAUGUUGUGGUGCACAAGAAGAUGCGGCCGGCAUUCAAAGAGCAGUGGUUAAAACAUCCUGGACUGGCACAGUUAUGUGUCACCAUCGAGGAAUGCUGGGACCACGAUGCAGAAGCGCGACUCUCAGCUGGCUGCGUAGAAGAGCGUAUUUCCCAGAUUCGCAAAUUAGUAAAUGGCACUACCUCGGACUGCCUUGUAUCCAUCGUUACAUCUGUCACCAAUGUGGACUUACCACCCAAAGAGUCCAGUAUCUGAGUCCCAGGUUACUUUUUGUCUU